GCGGGCGAGAGACGAGCGACGGCGAGCCUCCGGAACUAACGCGAGUGGCUCCUCUUACUUCUUCUGCGCGUUUAUUCGAAUCGAAAUCCGGAUAGUCGGCAUUCCACGACGAAAAUCCGUGUCUCUCUUGGCGCGCGAGAGAGUAACAUUAUGGCUCCGUCGAUCUCUCGAGCCCUUGACUCUACGCGGGAUCGCGACCGGUCGAUUAUUAUGCUCGCGCACUUUACAUUGGAAAUGAGUCGGCGGAGAGAAUUCAUAAGUCUUGUCUCUUAUAUAUUUUCUGUCUGAUAUUCCUCAAAAACAGACGUACGUUCCACAAAGUUUCGUGCGAGUCUAGCCUGGGGCGCUUCGCGGGUUAUUCGCUUCGUAUAGCAGCGUCUAGCUCCGCCAACUACAGACUCAUUAAGAUCCCUGUAUGCCUACAUGGACGUUCGCACAGAGUGAACACGAGGAAAUCGCCUGAUGUGUUUUCCGGAGCGUGUGGCGCUGAAAUUUCAUUAAAAACCGGACUAGACGCAGAGCAUAGAGAUGAAUUUAAAAUCUUUGAGAACACGCGUAUAUGCGACAAAACGUUGGCGCAACGCGUCAGAGCCGAGCGAGCGCAGGACGCGUGCAUAUAAGCUUGUUUGUUUCGCAAAAAGCUACGAUUAAAAGGAGAAAAACAAAAACGAAAAAGAGAAGAAAAAAGCCGAGCUCGUGCGAAGCGUAUGUAUAUAGCGCGCGCGUGCGGCGAUAUCACGCGUCUGUUUAGCACGGCUAAUUAUAAAAGAAGGCGUGGAGCCGAUCUGACCAAUCGGACCGGUUCAUUCGUCGAUCCUCCGGCCUUCGCGCCUCUCGGCGAGUUCGGCAGCGGGAAGCUCUCCGCGAUCCUGCCACAAGCGCCGACGAUCAGUUGAUAUUCAAAACCGAGCGAGCGCGAUCGUUAUCCUGUCCCCGUGUGUCCGCCUCGUAGAAGCUGCAUCGUCGAAGGCGAGAAAAUAAAGGGAAUCAGUGUUGACGCACAGCUGUUCGAGAAAGUACCGAUCAACCGAGAGAGAGAGAAGUUUCUCGAGUAGAUUCGGAGUAACGAUCUCUGCGAGUUUGUUUGUCGGAACGAGAUCUGGGUUUUCCCACCGACUGGGUUUGUUUUGUUCGUACCUUAAUUCGAUAAAAUGUCGUUUAACGCGCGAGAGGGAUGGAACGUUCAGGCAUCCCUGAUCGCCAAGAGGACUCACAACCCCAUCAGGUCCAUCGUGGAGAACAUCGUCGUCGAGCCGAAUCCCGAGAAACAGAUGAUAGCGCUGUCCAUCGGUGAUCCGACAACCUUUGGAAAUUUGAAGCCAGCCAGAGAGGUGAUCGAAGCUGUACAAGAGAGCGUCGAAUCUCAAUUAUACAACGGCUAUGCUCCGAGUACUGGCUACGAAGAAGCUAGGCGAGCCGUAGCUGAGUACAGUUCGACCGAUGACCUCAAAGUGGAAGCCAAAGACGUAAUCCUGUGCAGCGGCUGCUCGUGCGCCCUCGACCUCUGCAUCACGGCGCUGGCCCGCGAGGGCCAGAACAUCCUCAUACCACGCCCGGGCUUUUCGAUCUACCGAACUCUCGCCGAGGGACUUGGCAUCACCGUCAGGUCCUACAACCUUCGCCCGGAGCUCGGCUGGGAAAUCGAUUUGGACGACUUGGAGGCGCAGAUCGACGAAUCCACCGCAGCCAUACUCAUUAACAAUCCCUCGAAUCCCUGCGGCUCCGUCUUCAGCCGCGAGCAUCUGCUGGAUAUCCUCGACGUGGCGGCCAAGUAUUACGUUCCUAUCAUUGCCGACGAGAUCUACGAACACAUGGUAUUCCCCGGGCGGAGGUUUCAUUCGUUAGCGUCCUUAUCGAGCGAAGUUCCUAUUCUGUCCUGCAGCGGACUGACGAAGAGGUUCCUGGUACCAGGCUGGCGGAUGGGCUGGAUCAUAGUUCACGACCGGCAAAAUAUAUUAGACAAGGAAAUAAAAAAGGCACUGCAGUGUCUCAGCCAGCGGAUAAUCGGCAGCAACACCAUAGUCCAAGGGGCCCUUCCGAAGAUACUGAAAAACACCCCCCAGAGGUUCUUCGACAACGUCGUGCAGACGCUAGACGCUCACGCAACCCUCACCUACAACUACAUCGCGAAAAUUCCAGGACUCAAGCCCAUUAUGCCGGACGGAGCGAUGUACAUGAUGGUACACAUCGAUCUGCCGAGCUUUCCCGAGUUCAAUACCGAGCUCGAAUUCGUGCAGCGUCUGCUCGCCGAGGAAUCCGUCUUCUGUUUGCCCGGACAGUGCUUCGACUAUCCUUCUUACAUGAGGCUGGUGAUAACGGUACCGCAGGACAUGUUGGAGGAAGCCUGUCUGCGUAUCCAAGAUUUUUGCGCGAGGCAUCACGUGAAGAAUUACCUGAGGAACUCCAUCAACAGCGUCGAGAUCCCUUAUUAAUCGGCGGUUUUUCCAACAGAUGUAUACAAGCCCGGAUUAAUAAUCUCGUGUUUCGAGAGUGGUAGAAUCUCUCGUUCCCCGUCAAAGGCCGAGGAUGCGUGCAAACUCGAUCUAGAACUUUAAACGCGGUCGAAUUUCAUUUUCGGAAUCUACAGCAUUUGGAACCACAAGGUCGCGUGGAGUGCGGGUACUCGCGAUAUUAUUAUUAUGUACAUGUACAUACAACGAGAAAAUAUGGAGUUGACAUUAAUGUAAAAUAUAAAUACCGUAAAUGUUAUACACGAGGUUGAGAAAGCAUCAGCUUCGGUACCGCCUUGAAAAAUACUGAGUACAUAAAGAUACAUGCAAAACUGGAUGAGACUGAAAUGCCAAACUGUCGAAUUAUCAUAUAUUAUAGUCGAUCUGUUUUUGUUCCGUUAUUCAAAUGAUUGAGCUGUACACUGUGACCCAUUCUGUUUUUACUCGAAAGUAGAUUAUAUUUAAAUACGUCGUCUUCUAUCAAACGCUAGCGAUGCUUACAAGUCAUUAUUGUAUGAUAAAAAUAAUUAUCGUGGUGAAGUGGCUUUCAUCUUACUCAUAUAAAGCUUUGCAAGAAAUUGUUAAGAAUUUUAAGAAUUUAUAUAGACAAUUUGUACAUAUUACUUUUAUCAUUAACUCAAUUAACACUGUGGCAAGAAGUAAAAUAAAAAACAGUUAAUGAUUUAACAAA